ACUUACGGUACGUUAGGCUUUCAAUACGCGUUCGCACGCAGAUUUGGUAGAGAGACACACGGAGAGAGGCAAAGCAAGAGAAAAAGCUUCUGUUUACUGUAACAUCUGAAUGGAUGUGAAAAAAGGAGACCUGUGAUGUGGACACGAAUAUGAUGGAGAUAACUGUAAAUAUUAAGGAGGAGAACUGUGAGUGGGAGUCCAUCUACCCUAAACAGGAAAAUCUGAGCUUUAAAGAGGAGGACAGUGAACUGCAGCUAGUGAGCAUUAAAGAAGAAGACAGAGAGUAUUCUGUUAGUAUUGAGACACACAACCAUACAGAUUUGAAGAGUGUAAAAAAAGAGAACUUUCAAGAAGAGUGUCAAGAUGGAGUGGUGACAAGGUUAGACUCUUCUCAAUGUGGGUACCGUUCACCUCCAGAGCCUUCUAUCAAUGUGAAGUCUGAAUCAUUCCAGUCUGACACAAAGAGAACUGAGGAAACUACAUCUGCUGGAACUCAGGAAAAUCAGCCACCAGCUACAAAGAAGUCUGGGAAAAGAAACAAAGAUCACUGCAGAUUGGAAGGUGGCAAAGAAUUCUCUGGCAGAAGUGAUCUUCAGAAACGCAUCAUAGAGAAACCACAUUGUUGUAAUGAGUGUGGUAAACGGUUUUCAAAAUUGUGCCGUCUAAAGAGCCACACCAGAGUUCACACCAAAGAGAAAUCAUAUUGCUGUAAUGAGUGUGGUAAACGGUUUUCAAAAUUGGGCCUUCUAAAUAGCCACACAAGAGUUCACACCGGAGAGACACCGUAUCCCUGUAAUACAUGUGGUAGACAGUUUGCACAAAUAAGUGGUCUAAAGAGCCACGCUAGAGUUCACAGCAAAGAGACACCUUAUUGCUGUAAGGAGUGUGGUAAACAGUUUUUAAAAAUGAGCCGACUAAAGAACCACAGUAGAGUUCACACCGGAGAGACACCAUAUCACUGUAAUGAAUGUGGUAAACAGUUUUCACAAACGAGUGGUCUAAAGAGCCACACUAGAGUUCACACCAAAGAGAAACCAUAUUGCUGUUGUGAAUGUGGUAAACGGUUUGCACAAGCUGGUGGUCUUCAGAAACACACUAGAAUUCACAUGGGAGAGAAGCCGUAUUCCUGUAAUGAAUGUGGCAGACAAUUCUCUGAAAGGAGCAAUUUUCAGACCCACACCAGAAUUCACACUGGAGAAAGGCCACAUUGCUGUUUGGAGUGUGGCAAAGCAUUCAGUCACAAGAGUACUCUUCAGAGCCACACAAGAGUUCACACUGGAGAGAAGCCGUAUCACUGUAAUACAUGUGGUAAACAGUUUUCACAAAUGAGCAAUCUUAGGAAACACACUAGAGUACACACCAGAAUGAAAACAAUAGCCGUGCAAAAAUCACCCCAGAAGAAGAACCACACUUCAAGAAUCAAGAGUGAGAUUCCUGAGAAGUAUUUUGAUGGAAUCACAUCCUGUUCUUUCCACAGAGAGAAAGAGAAAUCUGCAGUUCACAAUAACGUCCAGAUGGAUGUGAGCAUAGAUACCAGAGAGAUAAGGACCAUAACUGUUAAGGAGGAAGACUGUGAAUGGGAGAGUGUCCACCCUAAACAGGAGAGUCUGGACAUUAAGGAUGAGGAAUGUGGACUGGGAUCAAUGGAAAUUAAAGAGGAGACUGACGAGAAGUGCGUCGCCAUUGAGGCACACAAAAAUAAAACAAUGGAGGGUGUCAAGGAAGAAGAACCUCGUUAUGGGUAUCAAGAUGGACCGAUGACUGUGCUAGUCUCUUCUAUCAGACAAAGUUCAUCUGUCAAUGUGAAGUCUGAAUCGUUACAGUCUGUCACAAAGGGAAUUGAAGAAAAUACAUCUGUUAGAACUCAAGAUGAUCGGCCACCAGCUACAAAUCAGUCUGGUACAAGGGAGAAACCUCACUGCUGUUCCGAAUGUGGCAAACUAUUUUGUCACAAGCGCUCUCUUCAGAGCCACAAAAGAAUUCACACAGGAGAGAAGCCAUAUUGCUGCUUGGAAUGUGGCAAACAAUUCCGUGAGAGUACCCAACUUAAGCGACACAAAAGAGUUCACACUGGAGAGAAACCAUACUGCUGUAAUGAUUGUGGCAAACGGUUUCGUUGCAAGAGUCAUCUUCAAUGCCAUAAAAGAGUUCACACAGGAGAAAAGCCUUAUUGCUGUUUGGAAUGUGGUGCACGAUUCUCAUGUAAUACCAGUCUUCUGAGCCACAAGAGAAUUCACACUGGAAGAAAGCCAUAUUGCUGCUUGGAAUGUGGCAAACAAUUCUGUAACAUGGGUACUCUGCAGAAACACACAAGAUUUCAUACUGGAGAGAAACUGUUGAGCUGUUUAGAAUGUGGCCGGCAAUUCUAUGAUGAGAGAAGUCUUCAGAGUCACAAAAGAAUUCACACUGGAGAGAAACCAUAUUGCUGCUUGGAAUGUGGCAAACAAUUCCGUGGGAGUACCCAACUUCAGCGCCACAAAAGAGUUCACACUGGAGAGAAACCUUAUUGCUGUAAUGAAUGUGGCAAACGGUUUCGUUGCAAGAGUCAUCUUCAGUACCACAAAAGAAUUCACACAGGAGAAAAGCCUUAUGGAUGUUUGGAGUGUAGUGCACGAUUCUCAUGUACCACCAGUCUUUUGAGCCACAAAAGAAUUCACACUGGAGAAAAACCAUAUCGCUGCUUGGAAUGUGGCAAACAAUUCUGUAACAUCAGUACUCUGCAGAAACACACAAGAUUUCAUACUGGAGAGAAACUGUUCAGUUGUUUAGAAUGUGGCCGGCAAUUCUAUGACGAGAGAAGUCUUCAGAGUCACAAAAGUAUUCACACUGGAGAGAAACCAUAUUGCUGUUCUGAAUGUGGAAAACGAUUCUAUGACAAGAAACGUCUUCAGAGUCACAAAAAAAUUCACACUGAAGAGAAGAUGUUUUGGUGUUCUGAAUGUGACAAACAAUUCUCAAAUAUUAGCAGUCUUAAGACCCACACUACAAUUCAUACUGGAGAAAAACCAUACUGUUGUUUGGAAUGUGGAAAAACAUUCCGUACCAAGGGUUCUCUUCAGAGCCACACUAGACUUCACACUGGAGAAAAGCCAUUUUGCUGUUUGGAAUGUGGCAAAAAAUUCCGUAGCCAGAGUAAUCUUCUGACCCACAAUAAAGUUCACACCGGAGAAAAGCCAUUUUGCUGUUUGGAAUGUGGAAAAACAUUCCGUACCAAGAGUAAUCUUCAGGGCCACACUAGAGUUCAUACCGGAGAAAGGCCAUUUUGCUGUUUGGAAUGUGGCAAAAAAUUUCGUAGCCAGAGUAAUCUUCUAAGCCACACUAGAAUACACACAGGAGAGAAAGAAGCCCUGAGAAGUAUGUUACAAAAGGGAAUGAGUAGAAGGAAGAAAGGAGAAAGGAGGGUGAAGGAAGCCAAAAAGUCACCUUUAUAACUACUGUAGUCUUCAUGCGUACCUUCACAUGGUGGGCUUCAUUGUACAAAAUCCAUACUGAACCUCACCAAGGCAAAACUACGAUUAUAGUAUAAAAAGGACCCAAGGAGUAACUCAUACUGGCCAUGGGUCUCCCAGGAUAAAAAGGUACCCAACACCUGUCUCUGCAGUAGCAUAGUUGAUGGUGCUAGCCAUAGUGUAAAAUCUUCAGAAGAAGAUGAUUUUUCAAUGUGCUGUCAGUCCAUAUAUGCACUGUUUCUGGUGUUGUCACAGUGGAACAAAACUGACCACAAAAAUGUAGCUUAAGCAAGAAAUUAAAAGGACCGGACGUAGUCCAGUGAUCACUUGAAGAUAAUGAGAAGAUCAUGUACUGCUGCAUUUAUGCAACAAAUCCUGAAUUACUGACUAAAUGAUAUGCCAAGAGGACUCACACAAAACUGGAAUAGACAUGGCAUGUGGAGCUGUGCAGAGGAAAGCAACCAAAUGCAUCCCAGGACUUAGACAUGUCCUACUGUGACAGACUCGGAGAAAUAAAAUUGUUUAGUCUCAAGUAGAGGAGACUCUGUGGGUACUUAAUCCAGCUCUUCAAAAUCCUCAAAAGCAAUGAUAAGUAGAUCCAGCAACAUUCUUUUGUGUUAAUGCUGAAUUAUGUAAUUGAGGACAUCAGUGGAAAUUAAGGGGAAGUGAACUUAUGACUGAAGCCAGGAAGCACUUUUUUUACACAGAGUUAUGAGAGAUGGAGUUGAAGCAGAAACCUUGACAACCUUUAAGAAGUAUCUGGAUGAGAUUUUUGGGAAAGAUUGGCUGUUAGAUAAACAAACUGGCUUAAAUAAAAAUCCAUACAAUCAAAUCAAACUUAACCAAACCAAAAUUCAACCCCUACCCAAAAGAAAGUGAGGAGAUCCAGCCAACAAAGCAAAUCUUCGAAGCAGCAAGGAAAGAAGUGUAUCCUUUUCCCCAAUAUAGGUUAUUCUAAAAUGUUAUUGAGUAGGUCUUGCCAUGUUUUUAAAAGUUUUGAACAGAUACUCUGAGUGAGAAUUUGAUUUUUUUUUUUUUUUCUUUCCAAACUUCAAAUAGUAUAGGACAUCAAUUACCUCACUGACUUAAAGGUGGUAGGUUGAGAUUCUUGGAGUUGAACAAGACAAUUCUAUGUGCUAAUAGUGAGGUUAAGACAAUUAUGAAUUGUUUCUCCUUCUCUACGUUAAACCCAUCUGGGAGUCCACCACACACAGAUGUUAAUGGGUUAGGAGUGAUUGUGACACCAUAGCUGUCUGAUAAGCAUUCAAAGAUUUUUCUCCAAAUCAAUGUUAAUUUGGUUCACGCCCAAAACAUCUGGCCCAGUGAGGCUAGAGCUAGAUUACAACAGUCACAGCCUGAAUCUUGCCCUGGAAACAUUUUGAAUAGUUUUAAGCGUGAUAGAUGUGCUCGAUAGAUGAUUUUAAGUUGAAUAAAUGACUUCUUUGUGCAUAUGCAGCUAAAGUGUGUUCUGUGCAUGGCUGUCUUCCAUUCCUUUUCUGAAAUGUUAAAUGAAAUAUCCUUUGUCUAUUGUGCCCUAGGAUCUUUGAAAGGAAAGGACUUUAAAAUGUUUUUAAAAAUUGUGAAGAUGCUAUCUGAGUCUUCAAGAGC